AUGUGGAGGUCAGCUCUUGUGCUCCAGCUCGUCGUGCUUGCUCUCCCACUCUGGGCUCAAGACAAUAACACAACCACUGCUUUCACUCCUCAGGACUGCACUCUGGACUGCAUCCGCCAGGGAGCACCAGGAUGUGAAUACUGCAGAAUAACAAGAGCAGAUAUUAAGGAGGCGCUCGGAUUCAACUCCAUCCAAGAGUUUGGAAGUUGUAUCCCUUGGCCAUGCUUGGAGCUGCUAGGAGAAGAAGACCCUAAGAUCUGUCAGCAUUAUGUCCAAGCGCCAAACGAUGUGAAGGUCGAAUCUGUACAUGAGCCGAACUCCACCUCUGAAACUAUUCUUGUUUCCUGGAAACCCAGUUAUUAUGGGAUCGCCUUCCUGCGAGGCUUUCAGGUGUCCCUUCAGGCGUUGGGAGGAUCUACUAUUGCCUGUCAGCUCUUUCUCUUCCACCGCAACGUUUCCCUCAUGGCUACACAUGCUCAAAGGGUGUACAAGUCGGACCCUUUCACCGGACUCUCCGUUGGGUCCCAAUAUGCUGUUACCGUCAUGGCUCUGCCAGUGCCUGAGGAGUGGGAGAGGUUCUACAACAGCAAGAUCUUCUCCACACGCUCUUGUGAAGAGAAGAACGGUCUUGAACAGUGCAAAAACGACUGGUAUCCCAAAUAUGUGGAGGUGCAGCAGGAAGGGACUUCCAUCACUGUGACGUUUAACCUGGCUCCCCAAAACCUGGGCAUCACAAGCUACUUCUCCUUUUGUUAUGCAAACGGGAUGAAGACAUACACAGAAAUAAUGCCUAAUUCUUCCAAAAACAAAACUCACCACAGCUAUCAGCUGAAUGACCUCCAAGAAGGAACCAAUUACACUUGUGAGAUUGCUGCUAACGAAGUGGAUUCAGUGAGAACACCUUUUAACGUUCAGGUGAUGUACAUUCACAAAGAAGGUCCCAGGACACACGUUGUCACCACCUCCUUGGCUCUGAUACUUCCACUGUGCCUGGUUGCGGUAGUCAUUAUUGUAGUCAUACUGGUUGCUCUCACCAGGAGAAAGCCUGAGCUGCAGAUGAAGAUACGUGACAUAAAACCAGAUAUCAUCAGGCAAUACCCUGACAAUGGGAGUCAGGAAGAAAUGGUGUCAUUACCCAGAAGUAGGCUGACCCCUCCUCGUCUUCUGAUUUGCUACAGCAGCUUUGAUUGUCCUGCACAUGUCAACGCUGUCAUGCAAUUAGGGGCCUUCAUCCAGCAGCACAUGGCCACUCAGGUGUGCCUGGACCUGUGGGACUCUCUGAGCGUGGCUGAGGAGGGCAGUGUGGCCUGGCACUGCCAGCAGAUCCGGGAGAGUGACUUUGUCUUGGCGAUCUGCUCUCAGGGCCUGAACCGCAGAUUUGAGCCUUCAGGCCUAGAGAGUAAUGAUGAAGAGGCAGACAGGCAGCUGAACUUCAACGCCUUCAGCUCUAAUGCAGCCAUCCAACUUAUGGUAGAGGAGGUCUGCCGAGCUAAAGCCAAAGGGCAGGACCUGUCCAAGUACAUGGCAGCCAUUUUUGAGUACUCUGAGGAAACAGACAUCCCCACUGAGCUGAGGCUGGUAUCUCACUACAGGCUGAUGAGUGACUUGCCGCUGCUCUUCUCCCACCUUCAUGGGGUGGCUCUCCACAGACCUGGGGGUUACCUGAAGAUAAACAACAUCUCAGAGGAAAGUUUUGCCAAGUUGCCUGCUGGAGCAGCUCUGCAGUGGGCUAUCCAUGAGGCAGGACUGGCAAUAGGAGGCAAAAGACCCACUUCUGUGGAAGAGUGGGAAUAA